GUCGAAUUGUCAACUGUCAUUCGUUAACUGAAUUUAUCCGUUAAAAAUGUUUGAAAUCGUAAAUAAACAAACGUAAUGCAAAGUUUUUGUUGGAUUUUUUUUAAGAACAGAAACGUUUCGCCGGCAAAAUGGACGACUCUAUCGUACUUCUCAGCUCAAUGUCCCCUACAAUAAGACAAAAACGAAGAAGGAAAGGUACGUUGCCUGAAUAGUAUAUCAUAACUCUGCUAAUCAUUUUUUUUCAAGGUAUCUCACUGUUAGCAAUGAAAACUAACAUCAGGAAGUCAUACGGUAAGGCUCCUGCGCAAAAUUACAAUGAUGUAUCUCUUGUUGAAGAGCAUAGUGAUACCAGUAAUUCAAGUUCAAGCAGUGCUUCUGACAAGCCUAAUGUAGUCAACGAUGUUCCAAUUAUCAUAAGUGAUACUAGUAAUAGUGGUGGGUCCACGAAAGAAAAUUGUGAAAUUGCUGUACCUCCAGAGGAUUCGCAAAAGUGUUCAUAUGUGCCAGAUAGCAGCAAACAAGAUAAAGAAAAUUUCAUCAAAAAAUGGAUUGAGGAAGUCGCCGUUGAAACCACUUUCGAAGAACGCAGCGUUUUCACGGAAAUGUCCACGAUCCAAGGAAUUGACAAUGAUUUUGUACCUAAAGAAAAAGGAAAAGCUGUCAAUUCGACAUUUGCAAAUGGGACUGAAAAACGAUUCGAUGAAUUUUUCAAAAAUAAGCAAGUAGAUAAUUUUGAGAGCAGUGUAAAAAAUAUGGGCGAAUCUUUCAUGGAGGCUUUGGUUGUAAACGAUUCAUUUGAAACUAAAAAUAGUGGGAAAUCAGAUAAAAGUAAAUUGACAAAUAGUAGCAAUGCUAAGCGUGUAAUUGACGAUUCUUUUGAAUGUAAGGAAAAUAAAUUAGAAAAUGUAAUAAAUAGUAGUAUGAUGACAAACGAUGAUAGUGAUUUAUCAUACAAAAUUUUGCCUAAUAGUGACAAUGCUAGAAUUAGUAGUAAGAGUAUUCUGUCGAAUGAUAAAAUUAAUAAAAUUAUUAAAGCUAAAGUUAGUGAUAAUAGCAUCUUAACCAAUGAUGAAAGUGACUCAUCCAGUAAGCCCACUAGUAAUUACGAUCCAAAUAGACAAUCAGGGAAGACAAACAAAACAUCAGUUACUCCAUUCAAUAAAGAAAAUACACCGCAUGAUAAAAAUUCCCCGUGUACACCUCGAACGAACUUCUACAACAUUCCCAAAAAACUCCAAAAACAGAGAAAGCAAAGUUGGAAAGAAAACGUCUCGUCUAGCGCAUCAAGCGUGGAUGAAAGCGAUACAGAUAAUGAAAAUAACCUUAAGGAUGCUGAAAGUGUAUUGGACGCUGUGUACGGCAAUUCUUGGAGAGAGAAACAAGCACUGAUUUUGCCCAAGAGUGAACCGAGAAAGAAUAACGUUAGGCCUGAAAAUUUGUCGCGUUCAGAAAGGAGAAACCGAAAACAUUCGUAUAUCUACAAUAACCCAUACUUGAACGGAGAUCUAUCUCAUCCCAAAACAACCCAAAUUCAGAACAACGUUAAACCAUCACCACUUUUGGAAAAACUGAAGAAACUUUGCGACUCGGACACUACGUCGGAUGAGGAUCAGAAACAUCUGCACAAACAAAAAUUGAACUUUGACGAAGUCCGAGAUGGCAGAACCUCGAAAUAUUUUCAGAAAAAGUCGGAGAGGACUCCCGAGCAGUCGCCGGAUGAAUUUGGUAUUUCUGACUUGGGAAAAUCUCUCGAAGAAAGGAUCAAGAAAAAGAUGAAUAAUAUUUGCGUGGAGACGUUGAAAGUAAAAAGCGUCAACUGUAGAAAAAAUAACGUACACUCAAAAACGAAGCCUAUGAAAGCAGUACACGGUACCGAAAUCAAUAUUGAAGAGGCUGAAGAGAAUUCCGCUACGAAAGGGUUGAAUUCCGACCAAAAAAAAAUGUCAGAAGUAGGAAAAUCGAUUACAAAGAGUAAGCGUUUCCAAAGCGUUGAAACUUCUAGGUCAACUUCAGAUAGAAGAAGAAAUGCUGGCAAAGCAAAGCAAUAUUGUGAACCUAGUGGUGGUGACUUAGGUAGCGACGAAAGAAGUUUAAAAAAUAAUAAGAAAACGCAUCGAAGCAAAAGUAUUAGUAGUCUAGAGUCUGAUACUAAAUCCAGUCCUGGCGAUAAAAAACAGAAAGGCGAAACUAAAAAAUCGAAAAACGCUAAAGGAAGAUUCAGUACAAGUAGUUCUGAAUCUGAUAGGGUUAAAGAUAAUAUCUUUAAAACACCAACGGUUAGUUCUGGGAGACCAAGAAGAAAGAAGAAUGAUAUUGUUUUUCUGGAUGAUAACAGUGAAUCUGAGGAUAGCGAUGACGAGUUUGACGAGAAAGUACGACGGAUCCAUAGGAGUUCUUUGGCUCAUGGAAAAUACAGUUUCUUGGAGUCACUGACAGGGUCAGUGCCGAUCUAUAGCAGCGACUUUAAGGCUAGAAUGUACAGAAACAACUACAAAAAUUUGAAAAAUGACCUCGCCGCCGAACUUUUCAAGUUGUAUAAUGACAAGAUUUUUGAGAAUAAAAUUCCCGAAGAUACGCCUUUGCAAUGGAACGACCGCAUGCGUGGUACCGCCGGGUAUUGCUAUUGCAGAAAAAUUACAAGGUCGAAUGGCAAUAUUGAGAGGUUAGUGAGAAUCGAGCUAGCAACUAAAGUUCUCGAUUCACCCGACAGACUGAGAGACACUUUGGUGCAUGAGAUGUGCCAUGCUGCAACCUGGAUUAUCAACUGCGUAUCCGAUGGACAUGGCUCCUACUGGAAAUCAUGGGCCUAUAAAGCUAUGUCUACAUUCCCAGAACUACCUCCUAUCAAACGAUGCCAUGAUUAUGUAUUGAAUACUAAAUACACGUAUAAAUGUUCAGGAUGUGGAUAUAGCUUCGGUCGCCAUACGAAAUCCUUGGACACCGAAAGAAAACGUUGCGGCCACUGCUUCGGCAAAUUCGAAGUCCUAAUAAAUAAAAUUAGUAAAAAAGGCGAAUCGAAGUCCGUCCCUGUAACGCCCAAAAGAGAGGCGACCGGGUUCGCGCUUUUCGUCAAACAGAACUACAGCGGAUACAAAACGCCGGACAGAAAACAUGGAGAUGUCAUGAGGAUACUUGGUCAGAAGUUUCAAGAAAUGAAGGUUAAGAAAUGAAUGUGAUUGCGAAAUGUUGUUGUACUUUGAAUUAAACUGCUGUGGCAGCCGAAAUAUAGAUAAAGUUUUAUUUAUUCGUCA